AGAGUGGGGACAACAACAGCAACACCCUCAACGCUACCCGUUUAGGAAACAGGGAGACACCCUGAAUAAUAUCCGUGGUGCUUCCUACGAUCUUACUGCUUUAUGUAAACUUUAUUUUCUUUUUCUUUCGUACAAUCAGCAGUAAAGAAUGUUGGCUAUGUGUCGUCUGCACGGUUCUAAAUUUAGUUCUGCCGCCGGGCCUCGUGUGUGCAUACCUGCCCGGCCAGGUAGCCGGUGCGCAUGCGCACUGCGCUGUUACGAGAGCUUGUCGCCAGGCUGGUUUCUCCCCCCUGACUCCAUCCCCCCCUCCCUCUCGCGAAUGUUGUUGACAGACAAGCACCAACAUCUUUCAGCAAGCACAGGGCGACACUGGUCCCAGCCUGAGUGUCGAGACCAUCGAGAGGCCGGUCCUGCAGCUCACCUGAGUUUGACUUGCAGGAGUCAGCAGGAUCGGGUAGUCUCGUCAAGCCACUCACCCUCUUCUCGCGGCUGUCGAUACUUCGCGACAAUUUCCGUUGCAAGUGGCGACCGACGUGCGUUAUUCAUGGCGGGCUGCGGGAUCUGAAGGCGAUAAGCUGUUGUUGGUCUGUGUGGAUCCCUCGUCACUUGAUCAUCGGACAGACUGGUGUGCUGGUGUCGUGACAACCGGUGUGCAGGUGUCGUGACUAGUGGUGUGGUGUUGGAGAUUCUUGAUACAUGGUGUGCAGGUGACUAGCUAUACCGCACUAAGGACGUAGGUGAGUCGAUUCAGGUGGACACAAGCAGGUGAGAGAAAGGACCAACGGACGACAACCUCGGCGGUCGUCCAACAUCACCAAGUGGUCAUCGUGAAUCUUGGCACAGGGCCUCCUCCGCGCUUGUGAUUACUGGGUGGCUGCUGUUGAAGGUCAGGAUGGCGGAGCCGGACACAGUCUCCAACGACUCCUCUUCAGUGACCGUGGAGCUCUCUAGCGACGGAGACACGGAACUGGAGCUACUGGCGGCGACCUCGCGCUUCGAUGCUGCCCUGACUCUGGCGCCUGAUGCCGACAUCGGAGGGCGGGACACCGACUCGGUUGGUGCAGCCUCCACCUCCUCCUCCAGCCUCGCCGACCACCCACGUCUGUCAGAUGACAGUGACAACGACGACAACGACGGCGGCUCCUCCACAACCAGCAAGAGCAGCGACAAGCGGGACCCAUCCGACAAAGACUCUCGCGCCGCCGACAAAGCCAAGGACAAGGGAUCGGGCAAAGGGAGCAAAUCGAAGGGAAAGGAGAGCAAAGACGGGAAGGGAGGUAAGAACCCAUUCAGCCUCCUGAGGCGCCUGACGAAGGCGGACAAGUCCCAGAAAAAGGAGCGCAGCUUCUCGGAUUUCGAUCAGGUGCGGAUCGACCGCCUACCGCAGGUGUUCGUGGCUAAGUACCUGGGUUCACGGGAGGUUCACGGCUUCUGCGGGCUGCACCACGUGCGGCGACCGGUGGACGAAAUGGUGGCGCGCGUGCAGAAGUCGCUGGAGGCCAAGGAGCACGUGGAGCUGCCCCUCGUCUAUGUCAUCGUGUCCCCCAAGGGGCUGGACAUCCGCGAGCACAAGCAGAACCGCCAGAAGCAGGGUUUGUCCGCCGGUCUCAUCCCCAUCGACUUCAUCUCGUACGGCGUGCAGGACAUCAAGUUCUGGCGCGUCUUCACCUUCAUCGUGGUGCGCGAGAUGUCCUUCCGCGCCAAGGCCACGGAGUGUCACGCCUACCUGUGCGACACCUCGCUCAACGCUCGCAAGAUGGCGCUGUCGCUGGGCGCCUCCUUCAAGGUGUACUCCAAGUCACUCAAGACGGAAGGCAAGAGCCACAACUUCCAGGUGGAGCUGCGGCCGCCGGACGAACUGGCUGAAUCCUACUCCAAGGAAGUCGAAGCGUAGCUGGGAUGGACACGCAUGGCUUGGAUGUGGAUGGACGGACAAGUGGAUGGACGGACAGAGGCUCUGGUUCGGAUGGACAGAGAGAUGGAGGUGUUAAUGUGACAAACAAAUCUCUUGUUCUCCUGCCUGCCCACACGCCUACGCACACAAUCCAUGGUGAUUGUCACAGUCUGGAUUUUAGUUUCUUCAAACAAGGUGCAAAAAUGUGAACGAACCGCAUCGUUGUGAAACAGCCUUAUAACAGUGUUCUGACAUUCUGUUUGCACCUUGCUGUCAGUUGGAACAACCGAACAUUCCUUGGUCAGCUCUCACACCACACGGACACGUGCAAGCAGGAUUCUGUGGUCAGUUCAACAUUUGUUUCAAAACAUCAAAGUCGAGAGUUACAACCGUUUGAUGUGUAGGUGCACAGUUAAUUACUUCUGAGUAAUGAGUAAAGCUAUGCUAAGUCAUCAGUUCACUUGUUUACAUCUAGUUCAGUACCAGGGAGACAAUAUUAUUAUGUCGUAGAUAAUAAUAUAUUAUUGAUUAUUAUUUUCAGUAUUUAAUCUCUGUAUAUAUCGUGCCAAACGUAAUUCUCGUCAACACAUUUUGUUUAAUACUUACAAAAUUUUACAUGGAAGUAAGCUCUGAUAUUUCUUUUGCGUUCAAAUGUUUAGGUGGUCAUGGGGAUCACAUUGAAAUUUUUAAAAAUUUCUUUGAUAAACUGCUUGGUUAUUUUUAUUUUUACUUCAUUUCUGGUCUUACACAAUUUAUCUUACAGAUCUGUUACUUGAUAUCACAGAGCAGACAUCUCUUGGGUGUGUGAAUAGAAUGUUUUUGUAAAAAAUAUUCCGAUAUUUAAAGCAUACCUAGAAACAUUUGUUCUUUUCUUUUCUUCUUCAACAUUAUGAUUCCCCCCAAAUAAAUUUGUAUUAGAUGAUUAGAGUGAGGAUGUCACUGUGAUGUAUAAUCACAAGUAAAGUGCAGCCUGGACCUGUAUAGUAGACCAGAAGUGUGAAUGUCUACAGUGUACAUUUGACUAUUUAUUGCAUAUUUAGUGCCCGAUGGAGGCAUUCAGGUGUCUACUGUUAGUCGACAUUCACUAAUCAAACUGAAUGCAUACAAAGUUUAAAUUGUGACAAAUAAACCACUUCAAAACCUUCACGGUAAAACAAAGGUAACAAUGAACAGUUCUAAACUUUUCGUGAAGAAAUAAUUUUGUGACUGAAUUCUUCGACCGUCUCAUAGAUGUUGACAUACACACAAGUCUGCAUUUGUGACAUACAGAAAAUAUGCCAGUAAAAACUGCAGGUGAUGUUCAGAGCCUCGAAUCUCACAUGCACAGCGCAGUUAUUUCAGGUAAACUUUGAUGAAUUACUUCUCUAUAUUGAAGUAAGUACAACCAUUUGAAAACAAUGUUGCUGUCGGGUGAACUGUCAGUCUUGCCAGUUGACAUGAGGAUCGCGUGACUUUUUUUGUACAUGAAGAAAAAUCUUUGCUUGAAAGACAUUCUGAUGGCUAACAUUUAUAUUACCAUCACUCAUCUAAUGUAAUCAAUCAUUAUUUAACAGUAUACUCGAGGUUGUAUAUCUUAGAUCGCUCAUAAUAUCAGCCGUAUCAUCCUGAAAUAAAGGUGUAAGUGAAUGGCGUGA